UCACAUGCGCGGAAAAGCAUCGCCGUUUUUCUAUUACCUCCACAGUGUGAACACUUAGAAAAAUGAAAUUCCGGCCGUUACUUGCAUAGCAUAGAAAAAAACCCAAACCAAUGUCCAGAAAAUAGAACAUAAACCCUUUGAUUCUUCCUUUAUUUUCUGAAUUGCCCCUCUCAACCUUCUCUCUCUUUCUCUCCUUCCUCCGGCCAUGAUUGGAACUAAAGAUCGUGUUGCCGACUCUGAUGGCGAGAAUUCCAGGAGCAAGCUUUCAAGGCGAAAUUUUGAGCCUGGAAAGGAGUACCCAGAUGAGAAAGGUGUUGAAUUUCUGAGAGAUUCAGAGGUGGGUGUUGGUGGCGAUGGGGUUCUUCGCUCAAAACCCACCAAGGUUGUUGUUGGCACCUCAGGGUUGCAAGAGUUGACUCUCAGCUACCUCUGUGACAACCCAAAAUUGAGUCUUGCUGAGAGAGAGAAUUCUGGUAAAAGCUUUCUGAAUUCCUCGGAGAAAAUGAGCCACAAAGGGAAAGAGGUUGUGGUCUGUGACAAUUCGAAUCCGGAUGGGAAAUGGGUGGAAAGAGAUUUCCUUAGCUUGAGUGAGCCAAGGGAGGAUUCUUCAAAGAGAUCCCUUGAGGAUGUUGGUGAGAGGGAGAGUAAUAGGGAGAAGAAGCCAAAACUGGAGACACUCAAUCUCUCUCUUGCUUUGCCUGAUGUGUCACUUUCCCUCACAGCUUCAAACGCUUUGCAAAAUGGUGAUCAACCUGUUAGGACUAAACCUUGCAGGCCAUCCACUACUCACAACUCAUAUUCCAAUGACUACACAGCAGCUUCUUUGUCUUACUCUUAUUCCCACCCCUACUCACACAACCCAAGCUGCUCACUUACCCGCAAUUCAACCGACAAUUUUGAGUAUUCAGUGAGCAAAGAUGACCAAAUUUGGAACUGUGGAGAGGGUACUAAUGGGUCUGUGCAUAGCAGGUUCAAGCCAAUUGGAGAUGGGGUUACUUUGUCCAGUCAUGGUGCUGGUAUUAGCUCCUUUAUGCAAGGUAAUAGUCAAUAUAAUAAAACUACUAGUUCAGAUAAUCAUUCAUUUUUCCCUUCAGAGUUGCCUGCCAGGCCUAGGUUUGAGGCUCAGUCAGGGGACUCAAGGGGAAGGAAUUCUGAGAAUCUGAGAAUCUUGGAAAGUUUGGAUGAUGGGAAGGUGAAGAAGCUCUCCAGACCAGAGAGAAUUGUUAUGGAAAUUGUUUCAGAGUCUGUCUCUUUUAUGGCAUUGACAAUUCAGGAGCUUACUGAUGAUGUCAUAGCAUCAACUAAGGAAUACUUGAAGAAUCUCAUUGAGAGGCCUGAGAAGAAAGAGGAAUUGGUAAGCCUCCAAAACCGGCUUGAGAGAAGAUCUGACCUUACAAAGGAGAGUCUUUUAAAGUGCCAUAAAGUACAAUUAGAGGUUUUAUUGGCUGUCAAAAUGGGGCUUGCUAGCUUCCUAUCUAGCAAAGUUCACUUGCCUGAGAUGGUAGAGAUUUUCUUGUAUAAGAGAUGUAGGAACGUAACCUGCAAGCAUUUGCUUCCUGUUGAUGAUUGUGACUGCAAGAUUUGCUCAGGGAAUAAGGGCUUUUGCAGUUCUUGCAUGUGUCCUGUGUGUUUGAACUUUGAUUGUGCAAGUAACACUUGUAGUUGGAUUGGAUGUGAUGUUUGUUCCCAUUGGUGCCAUGCUACCUGUGGCCUUCAGAAGAAUCUUAUCAAGCCUGGGCCUAGCUUGAAGGGACCUUCAGGGACCUCAGAGAUGCAGUUUCAUUGUAUUGGCUGUGGACAUGCUUCGGAAAUGUUUGGUUUCGUUAAAGAUGUGUUCCUGUGUUGUGCAAAGGAUUGGGGUAUCGAAACCUUGAUGAAAGAGCUUGACUGUGUAUGGAGGAUCUUUAGGGCUAGUGAAGAUCGCAAAGGGAAGGAGUUGCAUGUUAAAACUGAUGACAUGCUAUUAAAGCUUCAAACUAAAAUGAUAUCUCCUGUGGAUGCCUGCAAUUACAUCAUGCAAUUUUUCAACUUUGCGGAUAGCAUGUCAGACUUUCCUGCUUCUGGUAUUCCUUCUUCAAAGGAUUUGGCAGUCUCUCAAGCUAAUCUUACAAAGGAUACACCAUCUCUUUCAAAACCUAAUUCUCUAUUACCAAAAUAUGCUUAUGACAUGGGCUAUUCUAGGCCACAUCCUGAUACCAUGUCAAGUGAUAUACUUCAGAAAGAUAUCAAAGCUUCCAUCUUAAGUGAACUGAAAAAUGAGGCUGAUUUCCAUUUGGGGACUCUGUUAAGGAAAGGUGGACUUGAAAGUUUGGAGAGUAUUGUGAGGAUUAAGGAGGCAGAAGCCAGAAUGUUCCAAACCAAGGCUGAUGAAGCAAGAAGAGAGGCAGAAGGGUUCCAGAGGAUGAUCAGGACGAAGACUGCACAGAUGGAGGAAGAGUACGCCGAAAAGCUCGGCAAACUCUGCUUGCAUGAGACCGAGGAAACACAGAGGAAGAAAUUGGAUGAACUCAAAGUCUUGGAAAAUUCCUAUUUUGAUUACUAUAAAAUGAAAAAGAGAAUGCAAGAUGAGAUUGAUGGUUUGUUGCGGAGAAUGGAGGCAACAAAGCAGCAAUGGGUUUAAUUUUUUUUUACUUUUUUGUUGUUUUUUCUCUAUGUUUUCUUUCCUUACUCAGAAUACUGCUACAAUGGGUGUAAUUUAUUGAUAUGCUGUUUUGGUAUUCUGGUUGUUCCCAGAAUGGAUGGUUUUUAAUUGAUAAAUUCAACUUUUUGGUGUUUCAUCUUU